AUGCUUUCUAAAUCCAACCUCUCCGUCAAUGAGAAACCAACUCAGUACAGAACAUUGUUUACCGAAGAAGAAGAUAAUCUUCUUAGGAAACUUGUUGAACAGUACGGUGAAAACCAAUGGGAAUAUCUAAGUCGUCAAAUAGGAACAAGAUCAUCUAGACAAUGCAGAGAAAGAUGGACUAAUUACCUUAGUCCAAGGCUUUCACAAGGUCCUUGGAGUAAAGAUGAAGAUAGACUCCUCUUCCAUAAAGUUAAAAAAUACGGAAAGAAGUGGGAAUUACUAGUUAGAUUUUUCCCAACACGCUCGCGUAACAACAUUAAGAACAGAUAUAACACUAUUGUUAGAAAAGGUCUUGGUCUAGGUCUUGAAGUCACAACUAUUGAAGGUUUCAUACUUUCAGCUGAACGAGUUGAGUCACGCAACAGGCCAGCAACUAGUAGUAAGAAGGAUCUUAAUGUCAAUGUUCCUCAAAUUAACCCUAUUGAGAAAUAUUCUAUCCAGAAUUUCUUGAUCUAA